UCUUCAGCGGGGAGGCGGCGGAGCGGAGGAGCGCAGCCAUGGUGAAGAUCGCCUUUAACUCCCCCUUCGCCCAGAAGGAUGAGCCCAAGAAGGAGGCGGCCGAGGCGUUGGUGGCCGAUAAGGAUCCAGAAAUUGCCACACAUGGAGGUGAAAAUUCAUCUGGAAGAUGCCUGCUGACUCUGCUAGGCCUAGCAUUCAUCUUGGCAGGAGUUGUUGUUGGUGGAGCCUGCAUCUACAAGUACUUCAUGCCUAAGCAUAAGGUGUACCGUGGUGAAAUGUGCUACUUUGAGAAUGAAAACCGUGAUCGUGCAGUGGAACCUUACUUCCUCCCCAUUGCUGAAGAAGCUGACAUCAGAGAAGAUGACAACAUAGCCAUCAUUGAUGUUCCUGUCCCCAAGUUCUCGGACAGCGAUCCAGCAGCGAUCGUUCAUGACUUUGAUAGGCUUUUGACAGCCUAUCUUGACCUGCAACUGGGUAACUGCUACGUGAUUCCACUCAACACAUCCAUAGUCAUGCCACCAAGAAACCUGAUGGAUCUCUUUGCCAAACUGGCGACUGGCUCUUACUUGCCUCAGACCUACCUAGUCCGUGAAGAGAUGGUGGUUACAGAGGAAAUAGAUAAUGUGUCUGAUUUGGGUAUCUUCAUCUACCAACUCUGUGUUGGGAAGGAGACCUUCAGACUUCAGCGCAGAGACCAGAUAAUGGGUCUGCAGAAACGUUCAGUGGAGAACUGCCAUUCAAUCAGACACUUUGAAAGCUCUUUUGUUGUUGAAACAAAGAUUUGUCAGCAGUGAAAGGUGUUGGGAGGGGAAGUGACUAGUUCACACCUUUGAGAAGUCUGAGCAUUAGACAGCGACUUCUGAAAUUAAAAUGUGCAGUGAUAAUCAAAAGCCUUAUGCAUUUUCUGUGUAUUGCUUGUAUUUCAACAGACAAAAGUCACCAUUUCAGCUUUCUUUGAUUAUUGGUAUAACUUUCUAGUUGUCUCAUGUAAAACUUAAAUUGGAGUAAGGUUGAAUUUGUUUUAGGAGGUUAAUACCGGUUUUGUUUAGGAGGUUAAUAUCAGUUUAUACAUUGAAUGUGUUUGAUUUAGUGUAAUCUGGGAAUGGCAGAAAAAUAUAUAUAGAAAAAAGUGUUAACCAAUCCCUUGGCUGGAACCAAUUCUGUUUCACCUUAACUUUCACAGAAUGACAAAUAUGAAUAAUCUGUGGUUUGCACAUCUUGUGUAGCUCUUGUAGGAUAGCUCUGCACUCCGCAUCCUAUCUAAACAAAAAACAACCCUUCUAAUGAGCAUCACUAAAGGUUUAUUUUAACUACCAUGUGUGAAGCAUGUAAAAUCCACCCUCCGUGAUCAUAAACCUUUAACACUACCCUGUUUAAUUUUUGUGCAAUUACUGUAUUGAAUUCGUAUGUAUAUUUGGAACCUUCCCCCAGCUUACGUUUCAUUCUUCUACCUUGGUUUGGGUUUUUUUGUGGUAUUUAGUUGGUAGAUUCCAGUAGAGUUGCUCCCAAAGCUUGUCAGUAUUUUUAGUUAUGAAUUGGUUUAUCCUGUAACUUCUUGUUUCAAGAAUCUCUUCUGGUAGAGCUCACUUGUGAAUGUGAACUGUAGUUGUAAACCUAAAACCUACAACCUACUCUCUGGCUUCUAUAAACUUUUUAGGUCAACUUUUUAUGAGCAAGUAGCAGUCAGCGUUGUUCCUUUUCUUUUGAGAGCUGCAGUCUAAAGAUAACAGAGUUAGUUUCCUGCAGUUGAUGAACUCGAGAGUUUUAUUAAGGGACUUUAUAUUGGCAUAAAUUCUGCAACC